GAGGACGGAAACUUUAGAGAAGCAACUGUAGCUGAGGGGAUUUGUAAUGCGGGACGAGCUGGGACUGUAGAGGGAACUGAACUGCAAACCACCCGGGCCAACCAGGGCUGGUGCAUUUGCCAGGGGACACACAGUGGUAUCUGCUGUGCAGGCGGGAGUUUGAAGGAGAGGGACAAGUUAUUCCCUGAGCAGCAACUUGCGCUUCAGCGGCUCCCACCAGCCCCUCCAAUUCUUGGGCUGGAGAUGGAGGAGGAAGAGGCUGCGCAGGAAGAAAGUUUCUCAGAGGAGGAAAGGGUCCAGUUUGUGGGGCGCCGUUUGGCACUUUUGCUGAACUUUCAAGCAGAGAAAUGGAGCAAAUAUCUUGAAAAUGAGGAGAACCAGAAAAUCCUGGCGGAGUUUUUGGAUAAAACCGAACCAGCUUUCUUGCUGUUUUGCUCUCCUCUGGCAGGAACGUUAACUGCUAUGCAGAAGAUACCCAGUGAUGUAACACAUAAAUUAGUUUGCAUUAUGAAGACCACGGAACGCAUCAGAACAGACAAUUACAAAAAAGAGCUGGUAUUUGAAGAAUUGUCUGCAACACCACUUGAGCAUACAGUUGAUUUCAUAGAAGAGGUUUUAGUGCCUGUUCUUUCCAAUAAGAAAAACCAUGGAUCCUGGCCACAUUUUAUUUCACAAGAUAUGGAACGCCAUGUGGAAAUUAUGAAAAAUAAGGUGCAUGUUAUGAAGGGAAUGAUGUCAGGAAGAACCCUUCUUCCCAUUCCGACAGUUGCAGCAAAGGCUGACUUGCAUCAGAUGUGCACUGAAAAUAAACAAUAUCCAUAUGCUAGGACAGUGCUGCAUGCAAUUGAAUCUAUGGUUAUUAAAUGGUCGCAUCAGAUACGUGACAUACUAAGAAGGGAUUCUGUUCAACCUCUUCUGCAAGGCCUCCAUUCAGAUCCCCAAACUGAGCUCAACUUCUGGAAGACAAGAAAAGAUAAUUUGUUGUGCAUAUAUGAUCAACUUCAGUCUCCUGUUGUUCAAAAAAUGGUUAAGAUUUUAAAAGCCAAAGAGAGCAGCUAUUAUCCUACUUCUCAGAACAUUUUGAAGGACGUAGAAGAUGCACUUAUGGAAGCCCAAGAUAUUGAACUGUACCUGAGACCACUGAGAAGACCCAUUCAGUUUCUUCAGGAGACAGAAUUCCCCAAGAUCCAUGCUUUAAUUCCCCCUUUGUUUCACACCAUCUGCCUGAUCUGGAGUCACUCCCAGUUUUACAGUGUGCCGGCACGAAUAAUAGUUCUACUGCAAGAGUUCUGCAAUCUGUUCAUUGACCAGGCUAGAUCAUACCUCUCACCAGAAGAUCUUUUGAAAGGAGAAAUUGAAGAAACAUUGGAACAUGUGCAAAUAGCUGUAAAUACCUUAAGGAGCUUUAAGAAUUUCUUCUUUAGCCACAGAGAAAAGUUGGCAAGUUAUUUCACCAAUGGCAAGGAAUUUAAACCGUGGGAUUUCCAAUCUAAUAUGGUGUUUGCCAGAUUUGACCUAUUUCUCAACCGCUUAGUGAAAAUUGAGGAUAUCUUUGUUAUCAUGUUGGAAUUUCAAAAACUGGAAAAGCUGGAGUUUGGUGGAGUCAAGGGGAAAACUUUGAGUGAACAAAUCUACAGGAUGAAUGAAGAAUUUAUAGAAAGCUGUAAAGUUUUUAAGGAGAAAACAUAUGACCCUUCAGAUUACAAUAAUGUGGAAUUUGAAGAUGACUAUGCUGAGUUUAAAGCCAAAAUCCUGGAUUUUGACAGACGUCUUGGGUCAAUCCUUUGUGUAGGAUUUCUUGACUGUUCUGGUUUAGAAUCAGCAUUCAAGCUUUUAGCCAUCUUUGGCUAUUUUCUAGAGAAACCUGUUAUCAUGGAGAUUUUUAGCCCAAAUUACAACAUCUUACUGCAAAUGUUUGAUGAAGAGCUGGAUAAUUGCAAACACUUGUAUGAUGAGCACAUUAGGCAGAUGGAAGAGGGGAAUGAAAUAAUAAACAAAAAUAUGCCAUUUACUUCAGGAAACCUUAAAUGGUCCAAAGCACUUCAAGAACGAAUACAGACAUUCUGGUCAAACUUCUUGUAUCUGUCUCACCGAAUCCUGGAAGGUCCUGAAACUGCUUUAGUUUAUCAGAAAUACAUAGAGAUGUUGACUUUAAUUGACCAAUUUGAAGAGCAGAUCUAUUGUGAAUGGAAAUCUCAGGUGGAUGAAGUUUGUCAAUUUAAUUUAGAUCAACCACUGAUUAAACGCAAUCCUGAAAAUGGUCUCCUAAGUGUGAAUUUUGACUCUAAGCUAGUGGCUUUGUUGAGAGAGGUGACCUAUCUCCUGAUGUUGAAUCGAUCUGAUAUUCCAGAUUCUGCAUUAGCAAUAUAUGAGAAAAGGAACAUUUUUACUAAGUAUAUUGGAAAUCUUGAACUCAUUGUUCAGUGGUACAAUAAACUUAAACAGACUGUUCUGGAGGUUGAAUAUCCUCUGAUUGAAACUGAGCUGAGAGCCAUUGAUGGUCAGUUAAGAGAAGCAGAAGAAGUGUUCACAUGGCAGAAAGAGAAUUGCUGGAAAUAUAUUGAACAAGUGAAAGCUACAGUGUAUGACUUGGAGCAGAGAGUUCAACAGUCAAAGGAGAAUAUUAAAACAAUUCAGCAGAUUAUGAAUGCAUGGGCAGAACACACACUCUUUUCCAGGAAAGAUAAUAGGAAAGAUGCUUUGUUAAGUCUGGAGGAUAAAGAAGAUAGACUUGCUAAGAAAUACAAGUUUCUAAAAGAGGAUGGCUACAAGAUUCAUCAGCUUGCUGAGGAAAACUUAAAGCUCUUCAAAGCAGAUUCCUCCUCAGACUCUUGGAAGAUUUAUAUAGAGUACAUUGAUGACUUUAUAGUUGAUGGGUUCUUUAACACAAUAAUGCACAAUUUAGACUUCUUCUUGGAGAACACAGAGAAGGGUUUGAAGCCUGCUCCAUUUUUUCAGGCACAAAUGAUCCUUAGUGCCCCCGAGAUCGAAUUUAAACCUUCACUUGAUAAAGAGGCUGGCGAUGGCUUUUAUGACCUAGUAGAAGAACUUUUGAGCAAUGUUUUCAAAAUGUCUGCCCAGGUGAAAAGAGUAGCAGCACACUUGGAAGUAGAAAAUUACCAGAGCGAUAUGGACAACAUGUUAGAUCUAUCUGAGAGCAGGCAAGAGAUUAUGGACAGAGUGGCAGAUGUAAUCAGGAAAGCCCUGGACUACAGAAAUUCUCUGAACACCUACGCUUAUCUCUGGGUAGAUGACAGGGCUGAGUUUAUGAAGCAGUUUCUGCUGUAUGGUCGUGUUCUAACUUCCGAAGAGAUAGAAGCUCAUGCCGAUGAGGGAGUGCCUGAACAGCCGCCUACUACUGAUCAGUUUAAAGGACAGAUUGACAUCUAUGAGAAUCUUUACAUUCAGAUGAGCAAGUUUGAAGACUUCAGAACAUUUGAAAGCUGGUUUAAGGUGGAUAUGAAACCUUUCAAAAUGAGUUUGUUAAACAUUAUUAAGAAAUGGAGCUGGAUGUUCAAAGAACAUCUUUUGAGAUUUGUCAUUGGCAGUCUGACUGACCUAGAAGAGUUCAUAAAAGUGACAGAUACUGGACUCCAAAAAGAAGUGAAUGAAGGAGAUGAUAAUCGACUAAUAGAAAUCAUGGGGCAUCUCCUGGCUGUGAGAGACAGACAGGCAUCUACUGAUGAGCUCUUUGAACCUCUAAAAGAGACUAUUACACUGUUGGAAAACUAUGGACAGAAGUUGUCAGACCAAGUUUAUGUCCAGUUACAGGAAUUGCCUGAAAAAUGGAAUACCACCAAAAAAAUUGCUGCGUCUAUAAAGCAUGAAGUGGCUCCUCUUCAGACUUCUGAGGUCACGCUGAUCAGGAAAAAAUGUGCUUCAUUUGAUGGGAAGCAGAUAGAAUUCAGAGAAAGAUUUAGAGUGGAAGCUCCCUUUUGCUUUGAUGCAAAAAAUCCGUAUGUACUUCUAGAUAAGGAAAAUCGAGAGCUUGAGGCAUUGGAAGAAGAAAUGUUACAAAUGCAGAAAUCUGCAAAUCUUUUUGAAGUGGUUGUUCCAGAUUACAAACAAAUGAAACAAUGUCGCAAAGAAAUACGGUUGCUCAAGGAAGUGUGGGAUAUUAAUAUUUAUGUUACAAGCAACAUUGAUGAUUGGACUAAAACCCAGUGGAGACAGAUUAAUGUGGAACAGAUGGAUGCAGAGCUCAGAAGGUUUGCCAAGGAAGUGUGGUCAUUGGACAAGGAAAUUCGCUCCUGGGAUGUAUACAUAGGUCUGGAGUUAACAGUGAAGAACCUAAUGACCUCACUGAGGGCAGUAACAGAAUUGCAGAAUCCUGCAAUAAGAGAAAGACACUGGCACCAACUCAUGAAUGCAACAGGUGUCAGAUUGUCAAUAACUGAAGGCACAACCUUAGCAGACUUGCUGGGACUACAGCUGCAUAAGGUGGAAGAUGAAGUCCGAAGCAUUGUUGACAAAGCAGUGAAAGAGCUGGGCACUGAGAAGAUUCUUACAGAGAUAAGCCAAACAUGGGCUACCAUGGAGUUCUGCUAUGAAAAGCAUUACAGAACCAGAACUCCAUUAUUAAAAUCUGAUGAACAGCUUUUUGAAACUUUAGAGAACAAUCAGGUUCAGUUGCAAACAAUUCUGCAAAGUAAGUAUGUAGCAUAUUUCAUUGAACAAGUCACAAGUUGGCAAAGGACAUUGAAUGUGGCAGACUCAGUUAUUUUCAUUUGGAUGGAAGUUCAACGCACAUGGUCUCAUCUAGAAAGCAUCUUCAUUGGCUCUGAUGAUAUCAGAACCCAGUUGCCUGAAGACGCUAAAAGAUUUGAUGGAGUUGAUGCAGACUUCAAAGAACUAAUGAUUGAGACAACAAAUACAAAAAAUGUGCUAGAAGCAACAACCAAACCAAAUCUAUAUGAAAAACUUGAAAGUCUGCAACACAGGCUUUCUCUUUGUGAAAAAGCUCUUGCAGCGUAUUUAGAAACCAAGCGCUUAGCUUUUCCUCGGUUCUAUUUUGUUUCUGCAGCUGAUUUACUUGACAUUCUCUCAAAAGGAACACAGCCAAGACAGGUGACCCGUCAUCUUACCAAACUUUUUGACAACAUUGCUGAUCUUCAGUUUCAAGAUAAUAAAGAGAAAGCUACAAAUAUUGCACUGGGGAUGUACAGCAAAGAAAAGGAAUAUGUUCCAUUCCAUGCAGAAUGUGAAUGCAUUGGUCAGGUGGAGACCUGGUUACAACAACUCGAAGAAACCAUGUGUAAAACAGUGCAUCGUUAUAUCAUGGAGGCUAUAGCUGCCUAUGAAGAAAAGCCCAGAGAGCAAUGGAUUUUUGACUACCCGGCUCAAGUUGCACUUACCAGCUCACAAAUCUGGUGGACGACAGAUGUAGGAAUAGCAUUCAACAGGCUGGAGGAGGGAUUUGAAACGGCCCUGAAGGAUUACAAUAAAAAACAGAUCACUCAGCUAAACGCUCUCAUUGCUUUGUUGCUGGGAGAACUUGCCUCAGGUGACAGACAGAAGAUCAUGACCAUUUGCACUAUAGAUGUUCAUGCUCGAGAUGUGGUGGCAAAACUUGUUGCUCAAAAGGUCACUAGUUCCCAAGCUUUUGCUUGGCUGUCACAACUACGCCAUAGAUGGGAUGAGGCCCAGAACCACUGCCUAGCCAACAUUUGCGAUGCUCAGUUCCAGUACUUUUAUGAGUAUUUGGGAAAUACCUCUCGGCUAGUUAUUACACCUCUGACUGACAGGUGUUACAUUACUCUAACACAGUCUCUACACCUGACAAUGAGUGGGGCUCCUGCAGGGCCAGCUGGCACAGGCAAAACAGAGACCACCAAAGACCUGGGCCAUGCCCUUGGUAUGAUGGUCUAUGUCUUCAACUGUUCUGAACAGAUGGACUAUAAGUCCAUAGGAAACAUCUACAAAGGUUUGGUCCAGACAGGUGCUUGGGGAUGCUUUGAUGAGUUUAAUCGAAUUUCAGUAGAAGUCCUAUCAGUGGUGGCAGUGCAAGUAAAGACUAUACACGAUGCCAUUAGAAAUAAGAGGAAGAAAUUUUUAUUCCUUGGAGAAAACAUUACACUGAAACCAUCAGUUGGGAUAUUUAUUACCAUGAACCCAGGAUAUGCUGGUCGAACAGAACUACCUGAAAAUCUCAAAGCUCUAUUCAGACCCUGUGCCAUGGUUGUCCCUGACAUUGAACUGAUCUGUGAAAUUAUGUUGGUUGCUGAGGGAUUUAUUGAUGCACGCUUGUUAGCCAGGAAGUUUAUUACCCUGUAUACUCUCUGCAGGGAGCUGCUUUCUAAACAGGAUCAUUAUGAUUGGGGACUUCGUGCUGUUAAGUCAGUCUUGGUGGUUGCUGGCUCAUUGAAGCGAGGAGACAAGAACAGACCUGAGGAUCAGGUACUUAUGCGAACCUUAAGAGACUUCAACUUGCCUAAAAUAGUGACAGAUGAUAUCCCAAUUUUCAUGGGCCUGAUCAGUGACCUGUUUCCUGCUCUGGAUGUUCCAAGGAGGAGGGACCUGCAAUUUGAACAGAUGGUUAAACAAUCUACCCUGGAGCUUCACUUGCAGCCUGAGGAGAGCUUUAUUCUCAAAGUUGUUCAGCUGGAGGAGCUUCUGGCAGUGCGUCACUCUGUCUUUGUGGUGGGAAAUGCAGGCACAGGAAAGAGCAAGGUUCUGAGAACUCUGAAUCGAACAUAUGUGAACAUGAAACAAAAGCCUGUGUGGAAUGACCUAAACCCAAAAGCUGUGACCACUGAUGAACUGUUUGGUUUUAUACAUCAUGCAACCCGGGAAUGGAAAGAUGGUCUCUUCUCAUCUCUUUUAAGAGAGCAGGCUAAUAUUACCCAGGAUGGGCCAAAAUGGAUCGUCCUAGAUGGAGAUAUAGAUCCUAUGUGGAUUGAGUCACUGAAUACUGUCAUGGAUGAUAACAAGGUCCUGACCCUUGCCAGCAAUGAACGUGUCCCUCUGACUCCGUCGAUGAGGCUGCUGUUUGAGAUACACCAUUUAAAAACUGCUACCCCAGCUACAGUGUCUAGAGCAGGUAUUCUUUAUGUAAACCCCCAGGACCUUGGUUGGAAUCCGUAUGUUGCCAGUUGGUUAGAAACAAGAAGCCACCAAUCUGAAAAAGCUAAUUUAACUAUCCUCUUUGAUAAAUAUGUGCCUCCCUGCUUAGAUCAGCUCAGAACAAGCUUUAAAACUAUCACCCCUAUUCCUGAGAAUAGUAUGGUGCAGACUCUUUGUUCUCUGUUGGAUUGUUUGCUGACCCCUGAAAAUGUGCCUCCUGACUGCCCAAGAGAGCUCUAUGAGAUAUACUUCGUCUUUGCCUGUGUUUGGGCUUUUGGUGGUGCACUCUUUCAAGAUCAGCUUUCAAAUUAUCAAGCUGAAUUCAGCCGCUGGUGGCUCAAGGAGAUGAAAGCAGUGAAGUUUCCAUCCCAGGGUACAAUUUUUGAUUAUUAUCUUGACCCAAAGACUAGGAAAUUCUUGCCCUGGACUGAUAAAGUUCCAGAAUUUGAUAUGGAUCCAGAAACACCUUUACAGGCAGUCCUUGUUCACACAUCUGAGACCACACGUCUCAGAUACUUUACUGAUUUGCUGCAGGAGAGAGGCAAACCAGUCAUGCUUGUUGGAAAUGCAGGAGUAGGAAAAACAGUAUUUGUAAGGGAUAGACUUGCUGCUUUCUCCGAUUAUUACACGGUGUCUAAUGUUCCCUUCAACUACUACACUACGUCAUCGGUGCUACAAAAGAUUCUUGAGAAAAGCCUAGAGAAAAAAGCUGGCCGUAACUAUGGUCCCGUAGGAAACAAGAAGUUGAUUUAUUUUAUUGAUGAUAUGAACAUGCCUGAAAUGGAUGUGUAUGGAACAGUUCAACCUCACACACUGAUUCGACAGCACAUAGACUAUGGACAUUGGUAUGAUAGGCAGAAGUUAACUGUAAAAGAAAUACAUAAUUGCCAAUAUGUUGCUUGUAUGAAUCCAACUGCUGGCAAUUUCACUAUCAACCCUCGACUCCAGAGACAUUUCACAGUGUUUGCUCUGAACUUCCCAUCUGCUGAUGCCCUGAACACCAUUUAUAGCAAGAUCCUUGGUUUCCACUUCCAGAGGCAUGUUUUUAAUCCAUCAGUGUUAAAGAAUGCUCCAGCCAUGAUCCAAGCAGCAAUAUGGCUUCAUCAAACUAUGGUUCAGAACUUUCUGCCAACUGCGGUUAAAUUCCACUACAUCUUUAACCUAAGAGACCUCUCAAACAUCUUCCAGGGAAUUUUAUUUGCUACACCUGAGUGUUUAAGGCAACCAAAUGAUCUUGUAUGUCUUUGGCUUCAUGAGUCUUCACGUGUUUAUGGAGAUAAACUGGUGGAACCAAAAGACUGUCAUUUUUUUCAUAAAAAGCUGAUCGACACUGCACACAAGUAUUUUGAGGGCGUGGAAGAUCAUCUUCUGCUCCAGCACCCGCUCAUUUAUUGCCAUUUUGCAAAUGGAGUAGCCAACCCUCAUUACAUGCCUGUCAAGGAAUGGGAAGUACUGAGGAAGAUACUUACAGAGACUCUAGAAAGCUACAAUGAGCUUAAUGCUUCUAUGAACUUAGUUUUAUUUGAGGAUGCCAUGCAGCAUGUGUGCCGCAUUAGUCGUAUCUUGGAAGCCCCUCGGGGUUAUGCACUUCUUAUUGGAGUAGGCGGUAGUGGAAAACAAAGCUUAUCUAGGCUGGCCGCAUACAUCAGCUCCCUUGACAUGUUCCAGAUCCUGCUGAAGAAAGGCUAUGGGAUCCAGGACUUCAGGGUAGAUCUUGCCAAUUUGUACAUCAAGACUGGAGCCAAGAGUGUGCCCACUGUGUUUUUGCUGACAGAUGCCCAUGUUGCAGAUGAACGCUUUCUUGUGCUGAUUAAUGACUUGUUGGCAUCAGGAGAAGUUCCAGAUCUAUUCAGCAAUGAAGAUAUGGAUGGCAUUAUUACAGGAAUUAGGAAUGAAGUCCGAAGCCUGGGUCUGAUUGACACCAGAGAAAAUUGUUGGAGAUUCUUUUUGGACAGAAUGCGACUGCAACUAAAAAUCAUUUUGUGUUUCUCUCCAGUUGGUUCCACGCUGAGAGUUAGAGCUCGGAAGUUCCCAGCCAUAGUUAACUGCACAGCUAUUGACUGGUUUCAUGAGUGGCCGCAGGAGGCCCUGCACUCCGUCAGCAGGAGGUUCAUUGAGGAGACGGAGGUGAUUGAGCCACAUGUUCAGGAUUCCAUUUGCCUUUUUAUGGCCUAUGCUCACACCAGUGUCAAUGAGAUGAGUGCAAAAUAUUAUCAGAAUGAGAGGCGGUACAAUUAUACCACUCCAAAAAGUUUCCUGGAGCAAAUCUCACUUUAUAAGAUCCUGCUGGAGAAGAAAUACAAGGAGAUGUCCAAGCGCAUGGAACAUCUGGUGAAUGGCAUUCAGAAGUUAAAAACAACAGCUUCUCAGGUAGAAGACCUGAAAUCCAAACUAGCCUCUCAAGAGGCAGAACUACAACUGAGAAAUCAAGAUGCUGAAGCUUUGAUUACUAAGAUAGGGCUUCAGACUGAGAAAGUGAGCCAGGAAAGAGCCACUGCUGAUGCGGAGGAGCGAAAGGUAGUGGCAAUCCAAACAGAAGUAUCUCUGAAGCAGAGAGAAUGUGAAGAUGACCUGGUGAAAGCUGAACCUGCUCUAGUGGCUGCUACGGCAGCUUUAAAUACACUUAAUAAGGUUAAUCUCACUGAAUUGAAAGCCUUCCCCAACCCACCAAUUGCAGUAACAAAUGUUACUGCUGCAAUCAUGGUAUUACUGGCUUAUAAAGGCAAAGUGCCCAAAGACCGAAGUUGGAAAGCUGCUAAAGUCUUCAUGGGAAAGGUUGAUGACUUCCUGCAAGCUUUAAUUAGUUAUGAUAAGGAGCAUAUUCCUGAGAACUGUCUGAAAGUGGUCAAAGAACAUUACUUGAAAGAUCCAGAAUUCAACCCAAAUUUGGUCCGCACGAAGUCCUUUGCAGCAGCUGGUCUCUGUGCCUGGGUUAUCAACAUAGUAAAAUUCUAUGAGGUAUAUUGUGAUGUGGAGCCAAAACGUCAUGCAUUAGCCCAGGCAAAUGCUGAACUAGCAGCAGCCACUGAAAAGCUAGGAGCAAUUAGGAAAAAGCUUAUUGCUGAAAAAAUUCGUUGGAGCCAGUCUAUUAAACAUUUUGAAGCUCAAGAAAAGACACUGUGUGGUGAUGUCCUGUUAACAGCGGCUUUUGUGUCCUAUGUUGGAUCUUUUACAAAACAAUAUCGUCAGGAACUGGUGGAACAUAUGUGGAUUCCUUUCCUUAAAUCACAAAAGGUUCCUAUUCCAAUAACUGAAGGUCUGGACCUGAUUGCCAUGUUGACUGAUGAUGCUACGAUUGCAGCAUGGAAUAACGAAGGACUGCCCGGUGAUAGAAUGUCAACAGAAAAUGCCACUAUUCUAACACACUGUGAGCGUUGGCCUCUGAUGAUAGAUCCCCAGCAACAGGGAAUUAAAUGGAUAAAGAAUAAAUAUGGAACUGACCUUAAAGUCAUACGUCUAGGACAGAAAGGGCUUUUGAAGACCAUUGAAAGAGCAUUGGCCUGUGGAGACACCAUCCUAAUUGAAAACUUGACUGAAACGGUAGACCCAGUACUUGAUCCCUUACUUGGAAGAAACACAAUUAAAAAAGGGAAGUAUAUCAAGAUUGAAGACAAAGAAUGUGAGUUCAACAAGAAUUUCCGUCUGAUCCUUCACACGAAGCUGGCUAACCCUCACUAUCAGCCAGAAUUACAGGCUCAGACCACCCUUAUUAAUUUCACUGUCACAAGGGAUGGGUUAGAAGACCAGCUGUUGGCUGAGGUUGUUGGUGUUGAAAGACCUGACUUAGAAAAACUUAAGUCUCUCCUGACCAAGCAACAGAAUGAUUUCAAGAUUGAGCUGAAGCACCUGGAGGAUGAUCUUUUGCUUCGUCUGUCAGCUGCUGAGGGUAGUUUCUUGGGUGACACAGAACUGGUAGAGAAACUUGAAUCAACGAAGUCGACAGCGGCAGAAAUAGAGCACAAGGUAGCUGAAGCAAAAGAAAAUGAAGUUAAAAUUAACGAGGCCCGAGAGCAUUACAGACCAGCAGCUUUGAGAGCGUCUCUUCUUUACUUUGUUGUUAAUGACCUGGGCAAAAUUAACCCCAUCUAUCAGUUCUCACUGAAGGCCUUCAACACAGUCUUUCAUAAAGCAAUUGAUCGGGCUGAAGCAUCAGAGGAUCUGCAGGGGCACAUCAUCAACCUGAUAGAAGCUAUUACAUACUCUGCCUUCCUUUACACCAGUCAGGGACUUUUUGAAAAGGAUAAACUCACCUUCCUAGCCCAGACAACUUUUCAGAUUCUGCUGAGAAGUAAAGAGAUAGAACUCCUUGAAUUGGAUUUCCUGCUUCGAUUCACAGUCGAACACACUCACAAGAGCCCUGUUGACUUUUUAACUCCUCAGUCAUGGAGUGCCAUUAGGGCCAUUGCUCUAAUGGAUGAGUUCCGAGGGUUAGACAGAGAUAUCGAAGGGUCUCCUAAAAGAUGGAAGAAAUGGGUGGACUCAGAAUGCCCAGAAAAGGAAAAGUUCCCACAGGAAUGGAAAAACAAAAGCUCUCUUCAGAAACUUAUCAUCUUGAGGGCACUGCGCCCAGAUAGAAUGACCUAUGCUCUUAGAAACUUUGUGGAGGAAAAACUAGGUUCCAAGUACGUGGAGAGCACCAGGAUGGACUUAGCAAAAUCAUAUGAAGAGAGCAGUCCAGCCACUCCAGUGUUUUUCAUCCUCUCCCCUGGAGUAGACCCUCUUAAAGAUUUGGAGACACUUGGCAAAAAACUUGGGUUUACUAUCGACUCUGGAAAAUUCCAUAAUAUCUCUUUAGGACAAGGUCAAGAGAUGGUGGCAGAAGAGGCACUAGAGGAGGCUGCCACACAUGGGCAUUGGGUCAUUCUCCAAAAUGUUCAUCUAGUAGCCAAGUGGUUGGGGACCUUAGAGAAACUCCUUGAACAAUACAGCAAAGGAAGCCACUCUGAUUUCCGAGUCUUUAUUAGUGCUGAACCAGCUCCAACCCCAGAAGAACACAUCAUCCCUCAAGGAAUUCUAGAAAACUCAAUUAAAAUUACCAGUGAACCCCCUACUGGGGUGCUAGCUAAUUUGCAUGCUGCCCUCUACAACUUUGACCAGGAUACACUUGAAUUGUGCUCCAGGGAGACGGAGUUUAAAAGCAUACUCUUUUCUCUGUGCUAUUUUCAUACUUGUGUGUCUGGGAGGCUCAAGUUUGGACCGCAAGGCUGGAAUCGAAGAUAUCCUUUCAAUACUGGAGAUCUCACCAUUUGUGUCAAUGUCCUCUACAACUAUUUAGAGGCACACACUAAAGUUCCGUGGGAAGAUUUGCGUUAUCUCUUUGGUGAGAUUAUGUAUGGUGGACACAUCACUGAUGACUGGGACCGCAAGCUGUGUCAUAUGUAUUUAGAGGAAUUCAUGAGCCCGGCUAUGCUUGAAGGAGAACUUGCAUUGGCACCAGGUUUCCUAGCACCCCCACAUUUGGAUUAUGCUGGAUACCAUAAGUACAUAGAUGAAAUGCUUCCAGCUGAAAGCCCAGUGUUAUAUGGACUCCAUCCCAAUGCUGAGAUCGAAUUCUUGACAGUGACAUCAAAGAAUCUUUUCAGAACUCUCUUGGAAAUGCAGCCCAGGAAUUUACUUGUAGGAGAGGAAUCAGGACAGUCUCCAGAGGAAAAGGUUAAGAAUGUCCUGGAUGAUAUUCUGGAGAAACUUCCUGAAGAGUUUAACAUGACAGAAAUCAUGCAGAAGGCCACUGUUCGGAACCCCUAUGUCCUUGUUUGUUUCCAAGAGUGUGAGAGAAUGAACCUCCUCAUUCAGGCAAUACACAAAUCACUUAAACAACUGGACCUUGGUUUGACGGGGGAGCUGACAUUUUCUCCUGACAUGGAAGCGCAGCAGUCAGCAUUGCUUUAUGAUAUUGUGCCAGAUGCAUGGACCAAGCUGGCUUAUCCAUCUACCUAUGGCCUUGCACAAUGGAUUAAUGACCUCCUCAUGCGGUGUCGAGAACUUGAUACCUGGACACAAGAUCUUGUGCUCCCUGCAGUGGUGUGGCUUUCUGGAUUCUUUAACCCUCAGUCUUUUUUGACUGCUAUUAUGCAGUGCACGGCCCGCAAGAAUAACUGGCCUUUGGAUAAGAUGUGUCUGACUGUAGAUGUUACCAAAAAGGUCAGAGAAGAUUAUGGCCACCCACCUAGGGAAGGUGCAUAUAUUUGUGGUCUUUAUAUGGAAGGAGCACGAUGGGACAUCCAGUCAGGGCUUAUAGCUGAAGCCCGGCUCAAGGAUCUGACUCCAGCAAUGCCAGUCAUCUUUGUAAGAGCUAUUCCAAUUGAUCGACAGGAAACCAAAAACAUAUAUAAAUGUCCAGUAUAUAAAACUAAAACCAGAGGGCCCACAUGGGUUUGGACUUUCAAUCUGAAGAGCAAGGAGAGGUCAGCUAAGUGGGUACUUGCAGGAGUAGCCUUACUCUUGGCCAUUUAAUAGUGAGCCGACAGUCAUGUGUUGUCACACAGCAUGUAGUCAAAAGGAGAUAAAUGUUUUUCUCACGUUCAGCUGUUAUGUACACUUUAUCUUGCCCCAAUGCACCCUAGUGUGAAGAGUUAUAUGAUGCUCUAAUGAAUGUUGUACAAAUCCUCCACCUGUGUCUGUCUCUAUAAACUAGAUUUAUACCUGUUAAUCAACAUUUUCCCUCAGAGAGGCAGGUUAAACUCUAUAUUCAUACUGACCCCCCCCACACACACACACAAAAUACUUCUCUAUUGAAAAUGCUUUAUUAUCUCUAAAACAUCCAAUAUUUUACACAAAUUUUGACAAUCUGAGGCUGCAGUAAUAUGGGUUUUUACAAAGUGUUGUUUGUAAAGCCUGCCUUUAGCUAAGCAGACACAGAGGAAUUAUUUUAAAAAAAACGUACUUAGCACUGUACAAUUAAAAGGGUCAAUAUCACUCUGACCGCAGGUGCAGCACUGCUGAACCAACUACCUUUUAAAAAUAAACUAAACAAAGUGUUUCCACAAAACACCCCUUGCACUUACAAAUUCUCCUGGUUGAGGGGAAAAAGAGGAACAGAUGGAUGGUGAACUGAAUUUCAGUAAAAUUUUCAAAAGGACUCCCGCCCAUCUUUGCAGGGGCAAAACUUUACUUUUGCCCACCAACUGAGGCAUGCAGUUACUCGAUUUGCUCAUGCACACAAAGGAAGGCUUUCGAAAACUCAGAUGUGUAAUAAUACUUUUUUGGCCUAAGCAAACUAUUAAGAUCUCCCCCGACUCGUUAUAUUUUUAGUGCUACACAAUUCCCUUCACAGCCUUUGGAGUUAAGCACCUACUUGAUUCUGUAGCCCGACUGAAAAUUAACCACUGAAGUUUUAAAAGUGCUGUUCUGCUCUGUAUACAGGUGUCGGUGCAUAAAAGAAUGUUCUGCAUGUAAAUUCCUCAUGCAAAGAUUUCUCAGGAAAUGUUUUAGUAAAGACCAAUCAGUAAAAAAAAAAA